AUGACUUCUCUCGACGCGGUUAUCAACCUACAGAUAUCGCGUGCGACUCUCAUUGAAGAAAGUCUCUCGGAUACGAAGAAGACGGAUGCAUCGCAGCUCGGGGUUUCCGCACUUGAGUCAAUUUUCGACAUUCUCUUGUCAUAUUGGGAGCAGUUUGAAGUUGCUCACGAGAGGCUCAUAGCGAGUAGUGCUAAAGUGGAAGGUCUUCUGGGAAUUCCGUAUUUCAAGACUCAAGUGUUUGAUAAAACGCUUGCGACUUUUCGCUCUGCUAAAGUCGCACUCGCUCAGGUUCGUGAUCUCUGUGCUGCUGGAGGAAUGCCUCUGGCAAAAUGGCAUGGUAAUAGUCCAGCGCUACUCAAGUGGCUCGAUCCCGAUUGUAACUCCAAUGACCACCGAGUUUAUGAGGAUUCGGGGACGCGGAUUCUUGGUGUAUCGUGGCAGCCUAGCUCGGACAAUUUCGUCGUCUCAAGUCAGACCAGCGUUGAUUCGAAAGUCUUUAAGAGGAACAUCCUCUCAGAGAUCGCUCCGAUCUAUGACCCGCUCGGAUUUCUAUCUUCUGUCGUGAUCAGGGGAAAACUGCUCAUGCAGGAGACUUGGAUUGGUAAGCUCGGCUGGGAUGAGGAAGUUCCAGAACAAGUAGCUCAGUGUUGGAAAGAUACUUCUGUUCUCCCGAUGUCAGUCGCAGUCUAUCUCAAGGUCUUCAAUGGAAAUGAAGAGCCUCGGAUUUCGUUGGUCUGUUCAAGAAAGAAAGUAGUCUCGCUCGAACGGCUGACAAUACCAAGACUGGAGCUCACAGUUGCUGUUCUUCUUACCAAACUCGUGAAGUACGUCAAAGAUCAGCUUAACUUCUCCGAAGUUCCGAUCUCUCGUCACAUAAGCUCUAGUGGCCAGUUCCAUCGUGGCUUAAGAAAAGCUCAUCGUCGCGGUCAUCUCUAUGUCUCCCCAGUGGCACUAGCCGACCUGGAGGAGAAGCCGGGUGUCGUGUUCAACGCGAAAGUCCAGCGCCCAGAAAUUUGGGAUAUAGUCCAUCGUUAUUCCUCGCUCAUUAAGCUGCUCAGAGUUACAGCUAUUUGUCAGCGUUUUAUUUCUCGGCUCAAGAAAGUUCCUGGAUCUUCGUUAAAAACAUCGCUAAACCCUGGUGACAUCGAACAAGCUCAACUCUUCUGGAUCAAGACCUGUCAGUCAGCGCAUUUCUCCACUGAGCUGACAACCUGGUCCAGAGGACAAAAACUUAACGCAUCGCAUCCUCUCACUCGAUUGACAGUGUUUCUCGACUGCCAGGGAGUUCUUCGUGUUGGCGGAAGGCUAAAGUUUGCUCAGCUCGACGGCGAAAACAAACAUCCAGUCAUCCUACCCAAGGAGUCUCAGCUUGCCCAGCUUAUCAUGGAGGAUGCUUAUCUCAGAACUCUUCAUGGAGGAACGCAGCUCACACAUGGCCAGCUCAGACAAUCCUACUGGAUCCUCAGAGGAAGAGCUCCAGUUAGGUCGUUUAUUUUGAAGUGCGUUCCCUGCGCUAGAUAG